AUGAAACUCAAACUCAAGAACCUAAAUGCGCCUUCUGGCGAUGCGCCGCCCGCCGCACCUCCCCCGGCCGACGCGCCUACACCCGUUUCCGCGAAGCCAGGAGGCCUCAAAAUCAAGUUCAAACCCUCAGGACCCGCGGCUGGUGAGCCUGCCGAUGGCCAGAACGGCGAAGGUGCCAAAGUCAAGCGCAAGUACACCAAGAAGCCCAAACUCGAUGAAAGCGGCAACGUUAUUCCCCCGGGAAAGCCUGGACCCAAGAAGAGGGCACGCGAAGACGGCGACGAUGUCGACUCACCUGCCGCGAAGCGCAAGCCGAAACCCACCGCGAAGAGCCUCGCCAUGGCCAACGACAGCGGCGACGACGACGACGAUUACGCCGCGGUCCAACAACCUCCGCCCCAGCCUAUCAAGUCACACAACCGCACUCAAUCUAUCAAACUCUCGAUCAAACCGAAGGGAAGCAUGACCUCGGCGAGACCAGCCAUUCUGAAGGUCAAAGGCGCAGGAAAGCCGCCAGUCAGACCAUAUGGUGUCGGAUACGACAGCGAGGCAGAAGAGGCGGAACCUGACCCGGCUAUCGAAUCUCAGUUUGUGUUGCGCAUGAAGCCUGGCCCAGACUGCGACUUACUGCGCAAGUCCAUCGAAGAGAAGACUAUCGGCAAGAGUGUGUCACAGGGAGGGCCCGGCGUACACUUCCGAUUCUUUGACCGCGAGGGCCGUCGGGCUAUGCUCACUGUACAAGGCCGCCACUACGCUGCGACUAUGGUCGAGCUGCCCGCAGUUAUAGAGUCACUGAAAAGUUGGAACAAGAAGGACUGGGUCAAGACCGCAGACGUCUGCCAGAUGCUGCUCGUCCUGGACGAAGUUAAGAAUGAAGAGGAAGCGAAGAAGUAUCCGCUUCCAUCCUACAUCUCCCCAGACACGCACCGGUUUCCCCACGGUCUGACGCCACCUAUGAAGUGGGCCCGUAAGCGACGCUUCCGCCCUCGCAAAUCCUACAUCGACGUUGAACGCGCCGAAGCAUCAUUACACCGACUACUGGAAGCUGACGAGCUUGCUGAAUCAACCAAAUAUGAGAUGGUAGACAGUGAGGCCGAGAGCUCAGAGGAGUCAAGUUCUGAGGAAGAGGUCGACGAUGAGGAGAUGGCAGACGCUACCCAAGUGGAGGAAAUGGAUGCCGAUCAACUGGAGCAGAUGCUUGCCGAAGGACUCAUGGACGACGAGGUCGAGUUCCAGGGCGACAACGACCAACUGAAGGCCUUACUCGCAAACAACGACAACGUGCAAGUCGAACAAGCCGACACGCCAACCACCGCUCACGACGUCGCCAUGCACGCUCUCAGCCAGAACGGAAACGUGGUUGUCGAAACCGAGACGGCAGCCUCUACACCCGGAGCCGCAACGUCUGCAGACGACGAUGACGAUGACGACGACGAAGAUUCCGAUGAGGACGUCGAUGAGGUGGACGAAGCCGCCGCAGCAGAGGAACAGCGUCAAGAGCAACUUCGGGGCGAAAUCGCAGAGUUGGAGAGAGCUAUUGUUCAAAGCACAGAAGCACGCGACAGACACACCAACUUCCUCUUCAAGAAGCGCGCACAAACUCAGAUCGACAAGCAGAAGGCGGAUCUUGCAAUCAAGCGUAAGCAGCUUAAUGAGGAGGCUGAUGAGUGA